UUACAUUGAUGAGCGUGAUUGACAUGAUAUUAAUUAAGAGGUAAUUCUUCUAUUUAUGUACAGUAUCAAUUAAUACAAUUAUAUAAAGAGGUUGUUUUCUCUUUUGCUUUCUUGCUCAUCAUUAUUCCAUUCCUUUUUGAACAUGAGAUUCCUUUUCUUAAUGUUUGUUAUCUUGAUAAUAACAGUGAUUACAACAACCUUGGCUGAUGAACAACAUCGCCGUGUUCGUAGUCGUGCCAAAACUAGAAGAUCAAGAUCAAGAACAACUUCCCUAGCAACGAAAACUACUAACACCAGACCAACUUCUCGAGCAAAUACCACUUCCAAAGCUGCUGCUACUACAACUAAGGCAAUUGCCCCUACCUCUGCUCCCCUCAGUAACAAUGGCGCCACCUACUUAGGCGAUGGCACUUGGUACGAUAUAGGCCUUGGUUCUUGUGGCUGGACAAAUUCAGAUAGCGAGUUUGUUGCUGCCUUAAAUGCUCCCCAAAUGCAAAAUGGUGAAAACCCAAACAAAAAUUCCAACUGUGGCAGGAUGAUUCGAGUGAUCAAUACUGCUAAUAACAAGGCUGUCAAUGUCAAGAUAGUUGAUACCUGUCCUCCUUGUGCAAGUGGCAGUGUUGAUCUCAGCCCAAGCGCAUUUUCUCAAAUUGCUGACCUGAGUACAGGCCGCAUAAAAAUCAAGUGGUCUUGGUCCUGAUUGGUUCUUAAUUAAAUAAUAAAGAUGUUUAUUAUGUAAGAUGA